UUGAUGUUUGUGUCUCUGUAUUCAUGCAGUAAAAUGGCAAAAGCCAGAUUUUCUCAGGAUGAGUUCUUGUGUCCGGUGUGUCUGGAUGUCCUGAAGGAUCCAGUGACCAUCCAGUGUGGACACAGUUACUGUAAGAGCUGUAUUACAGACUGCUGGGAUCAGGAGGAUCAGAAGAGAGUCUACAGAUGUCCUCAGUGCAGACAGAACUUCAGUCCAAGACCUGCUUUAUUUAAGAACCUGCUAUUUGCUGAACUGGUGGAGAAACUGAAGAAGACCAAACUCCAAAGUGCUGUUCCUGCUGGAGCUGGAGAUGUGCAGUGUGACGUCUGUACUGGAAGAAAACAAAAAGCCAUCAAGUCCUGUCUGGUGUGUCUGAACUCUUACUGUCAGAGUCACCUUGAACAACAUGAGAGCUUCUUUAGAGGAAAGAGACACAAAAUGAUUGAAGCCACUGGACGACUGCAGGAGAUGAUCUGUCAGAAACACGAGAAGCUCCUUGAGGUUUUCUGUCGCACUGAUCAGAAGUGUAUAUGUGUGCUGUGUACGAUGGAUGAACAUAAAAACCACAAGACUGUAUCAGUAGCAGCACAGAGGACAGAGAAACAGAAGCAGCUGAAGGAGACACAGAAGUCUCUCCAGCAGAGAAUCCAGCAGAGAGAGAAAGAUCUCCAGCAGCUGAGAGAGACUGUGGAGUCUCAUAAGCGCUCUGCACAGACAGCAGUGGAGGACAGUGAGAGGAUCUUUACUGAGCUCAUCCGCUCCAUUGAGAGAAGCCACUCAGAGCUGAUACGACUGAUCAGAGAUCAGGAAAAGACUGCAGUGAGUCGAGCUGAAGAACGACUGGAGCGACUGGAGCAGGAGAUCAAUGAUCUGAGGAGGAGAGACGCUGAGCUGGAGCAGCUUUCACACACACAGGAUCACAUCCAGUUCCUGCAGAGUUUCCAGUCUUUCUCAGCACCUCCUGAAACUACAGACUACAGAAAUUACGAUCUCUUCAGUUCUCUCUUCUCUUCUGAUUCUCUGAGAGAAUCUGUCCAUCAGCUGAGAGACAAACUGGAGGAUUUCUGUAAAGAGCAGCUCAAGAAGAUCUCAGACAGAGUCACAUUCACCAACAUUGUUCCCAGAACCAGGAAGGACUUCCUACAAUAUUCCCAUCAGCUCAGUCUGGAUCUGAACACAGUGAAUAAAUGGGUCCAUCUGUCUGAAAGGAAUCGAGCAAUUACAAACACUGGCAAAAAGCAGCCAUAUCCUGAUCAUCCAGAUAGAUUUGAUCAAUGGUCUCAGGUGUUGUGUAGAGAGAGUGUGUGUGGACGCUGUUACUGGGAGCUGGAGUGGAGUGGGAAUCACGGAGUGUGUAUAUCAGUGUCAUAUAAGAGCAUCAGCAGGAAGGGAUUGGGCAAUGAGUGUGUGUUUGGACGUAAUGAUCAGUCCUGGAGUUUGUUCUGCUCUCCAUCCAGAUGCUCAUUCAGACACAAUAACAUAAAGACUGAUCUCCCUGUGAUUCCCAUCAUCAGUAGAAUAGGAGUGUUUGUGGAUCACAGAGCAGGAACUCUGUCCUUCUACAGCGUCUCUGACACAAUGAGCCUCAUCCACACAGUCCAGACCACAUUCACUCAGCCGCUCUAUCCUGGGUUUUGGAUAGAUUAUAAAUCAUCAGUGAAAAUGUGUUGAUGAACCAGAACAGAGCAAAAUGACAGUGAAUGCAGUUCUUUGAGCAAAAUGAUGAAUCAAUGACUGUGAGAUGUAAAAGAGUCUCUUCCUUUCUCUUUGUUAUAUUAUUGCUGCACCUGAACUUCUGUCACUGAAAUAACAUAUC